AUGUCGAUGCACCACGAUGGGAUUGCCUCUGAUCCGCCGAGUCUGUGCACGGUCCAGCACUCAAUUCUCCAGCAAGAGAGACUCUAUCUACUCCGAGCGCUCGCCAACGAAGAGCGACGCAAAGAAAGAUUGACUUCAAUACUGAACAAGAUGGAAGCUGUUCUUGCCACCACUGACCAGAGGCCGAGCGAGCAAACAAAAAGACUAGAAAGGAGCCUGAAAACCACCCGAUCGAAAUUGACGAGAUGCGAGAGUGCCGGCCAAGCUCUUUGUAACAAUCUCGACGCCGUCGUGGCGCAGAUGCAGAGACUGGAUGACCACCAGUGGCGGCGUGCGCACGACGAGUAUGCUCAACAAACACAACACGGUUUGAUGACCAGUCUAUCUCGUCCAGCUGCUUCUGCAUACCACGUGUUGUCUCCACCAGCAACUGCACCUUCCAUGCAAAUGCAGCCGUUCUACACAAACACACUGCCCCCGAUGCAAGUAGCAGGUGCCUGCUACCAGCCCACCAGCAACGCUUUAUCGCACCCCAUCGAUCAAACAACCAUCUUCCCAGUUCCUGCUACCCCGAUUUUGCGACCGCUCCGGUAUUCCAGCCUUAACCCAUUCCAACCACGCUGCCGCCCAGACAUCCUUCCCAGCAUCAGUUCAAGAGAUCAAGAAUAUUACUGUAACGGAACGAUAAGUCCUAUGGACGAGGUGUCGACUUACUCUCUGAACCCAUGGACUGCACCCGCACUUUCACCCACCUUGUCGGCAACUUUCGUCCCUCCCGCCACGCAAGUCUUCGACCUUGUUCGAGGAUUGGGAGCGAUAGCCAUUUCCGGCUCGGAGACUCCCCCAUCCCCGGGCCUCUGGCUCAGCGGACUCGCUCCCUAUCCACCGCCUGAUGGAGUUGCCGGAAUGCAGCAGCCACAAGUGCAAGGGGCUGGUAAUUCGGGAUCCGCGGCGAGGCGCAGGGCUCGGAAGAGACGUUCUGCGUAG